CGUCCAUUUUUAAUAUAAGCAUAUAAAACUUUAUACGAAUAUACGGAAAUUAUUUAAAGGCUUCAUAUCACACAUACUUGUUUAUCAGUUGAUGUAAAGUAUCACAAAUAACUUUGUUCUGUAAUAAAUGAAACUGAAAAUAAAUGAAUGGAAUACGACAAUAACUCCAACAUAAUGCAUAAAUGUGAAAAAUAUUAUUGAAAUCAUCAUUUGAAACGGUAUAACCACAUCCUGUUAUGAAGGCUCACACACUCAAAAUUGAAGAAGAGAUAUUAAUUUGCGUUACUUCCUUCUGAACAACACUUAUGCUUAAGUGCUGGUCAAUUGUUUCAGUAACGAAGACGAAAAAUCUGAAAUGAGUGACAUGACCUACUUCAACGAAUGUUAUGAAACAAUUGAUUGUUUUCCCGUGACCUAUGAGACGUUAACAAUCACAUAUUGUAGCAAAUAGAGUAAGGGAUAAUAACAUAUCUUAACAGUGUUAAGGACAACAUUUAGUUUUCAUUUAGGUUAAUGUCACGACAACAAUUUAGCUUUGGGUUGUUUUACCAAUGAACUUGAAUAUAAAGUGUUAAAACUUUCUGUGAACACAUUCGUGAAUGUUUAGUGUCCAUGCCGUUACCUUAUUAUAACUUUAGUUAUAGUUGUUUUGCUCUAGUGUGGAAGGCUACUGUUCGGAUUUCACGAUGGACUACAUAGUUGUUUCUGCUUUAAUUCUACUGUAUCUUAUAAAAGGUGGUGAGGCUAAUGUUUGCGGUAAUCUGGCAUAUCUUAAGCCUGCAUUUCAAUGGAGAAAUGUGACUUUUGUGUUCAAACCGGACAAUUACCAAAGCGAACUGACUCCAAUUUUGAAAUUCGGAAGACCCAACUCACAAUUAAACGCAUACAUUACUGCUCCAACCAAUAAAGUGUACCACAUCGUUUUCAACACCUCUGCGGACUCUACAAACUAUCACAAUACAUACUUUUUGGUCAGUUAUGGUCAAUGCGUAUCAAAUUGGGAACUCCUACAAUUAGAAGCUCUCUCUGAUUGCGGAUUUUUGUACAUUCGGACCAAGGUGAUUACCGCAGGAGGUACUGUCGAGUUGGGCUACUUCCCCACUAAAGCCGUAUUAAACACAAAGGUUAGUUAUGUUCGCCAAUGGUAUAACGCCACCUCCUCCUCGGAUAUGCAAUUAUCAGAUGUUCGCUUUUCUGAGAGGGAGGAUCCAAACUGGGAGUUUGUACUGACAAUACAAAACGUAAACCGAUGGAUGACUGGAAACUACAGUGUGAGAUGUACAGAGGGCCGGACUGACAGGAACACGUGGCCUCACGGGAACAAAUUUACAAAUCCCGUUGAAAUAGCCCUUAUUGUUCCAUCAGGUAAACCUUCGCUUCAUUCCUAUAAACAUACUUCUGAAUGUGAAGAUUGCUUAGUCGGGAUUGACGGUAAGGAUCUAGGCAAUCAUAUUUACUGUCAUACAAUCGGCGGAACGGUUCCAACAAUCUAUGUAGGAGAGAGCAACGUAACCGUACACUAUGUUAGUAAUGAUAAGUACCGCCCGUCCACGUAUGUUGCGAGUGAAGAUGACCACAUGAAAGUCGUUACAUGCAGCGUCUUCAAUGCAGCUAUGCCAGCGCCACUAUAUACAAGUUCCAAACUUUACGUCGCUGUGGAGCCAGAAAAAGCAGUUCUCAAUGUACCUGAACUAAAGGAAGGGGACCCUGCUAACAUUACAUGCACUUCCAAGGGAGGGAGACCGUCGUCGACAUUGAGUCUUAUGUUAAAUGCGACCAACAUUUCUUCAAUAGCGAGCACUACAACCAAUUAUAACGAAGAUUUAAGAAUUUACACCACACAGAUUGGUUUAAAUGCAAGUGCCGAAAGAGAUUGGCAUUCUAUGGAAGUCGAAUGCUACCGACAUACGCACCUUUUUGGAGACUACAUGACAGGAAAGGAAACAAUAAAUUGUAGAUAUCCACCUUCAGAGAUAUUUCUAGAGGAACCAGAUAUACCUACCAAACUUCAAAACAUCUACCAUCUCGUCUAUACCUGUAGGGUAAAAGACUUUAACGACGAUUGCAGCUUACAGUGGACCUCAGAUAAUCCUUCGCUUCUAAAGAAUAAAAAUCCUGAAAAGAACACGAGUGUUAAAUCCAUCAUGUCCAUACUUAACGUAUCUGUCACCAAGGAGGACUUUGGCAAUGUGCUUGUUUGCAGUGCUGUUUGUUCAAGCUUUCAACGUAACAUCUCGAAAUCAAAUAUUGUAGUGGUGCCUUAUUUUCCAGUGUUGUCACUUUCAGUUGGAAAUGAACUAUUUUUACAUAAAGAUGAGUCAAAGACUGUAACCUGCAGUGCUAAAAGUUAUCCUCUUGCAGACAUUGUAUGGUCAAGUGAGUUCUCAAAACCCCUUCGUACGUGUCGAAAGAAUGCCACUUGCACUCUUUCUAUUGAACAUAUUUCUGUCGAUGAGCGACACACAUAUACUUGCAAGGCAUCAACAGAGUUCGGAAAUGCCAGUUCUUCUUUCGUUGCAAUCGGUACAGGUAAACAUGAGAAACAGGGAAUAAAAGAAACAGAAAGUGCAUCUCCGUUACCAUGGAUUGCUGCGGCAGUCGGAUGUCUCAUACUAAUUAUCGUAACUGCCGGGUCGGUGAUCGUCGUUAGGAAAAGAAUAUUCAAAAUGGUAAGUAAAUAUACAUUACAUUUUCUCUGUGUAGUACAUCAACAUCUAUUUUACCAAUCGCUUUCAAAUUCAAUGUCAUUAAAUAAUGUAAUACUCCGCUAAAUAAGCUAAGUACCACAUGAAGAAAUUAAUAUAUCUCAAUACGUGUAAAAGGUUAUUUAUUACAUUCAAGUUAAUUUAGUGCGUGUGUGCGUGUGUGUGUGUGCGUGCGUGCGUGCGUGCGUGCGUGCGUGUGUGUUAAUAUUACUCCUUCGAGUAGCAUAAC